UUCAAAGACAAAGCAAUUAUUCUAAAUAAUAUUCCCGUGCAGAAAUUCAUAGUUAUUGCAAAAUUGCUUUUAAAAAAACAAAAUGAAAUACGUUUGAAGUCCAGAGGAAUUUAUGAUAUGCACUUAGGAAAGAAAAAAAAAUCAGAAAGUAUAAAUAAAAAUUGAUAAAACAAUUGGAUAGUAUGGAUAACAAUGUCAAGUCUUGUAAUGAGUUGUUUAGAAAAAACCCCAGCCCAGGAAAAGCUGAUAUAUCUGCGGUGGAUGAGAAUUUUGCAUCGAUGAACUCGCUCAUAGCUUGGAAUAUUUCCAAAGUGUUGGAGAUCAAUCCUAACAUAGAUUUAAAGUCUAAGAUCAAGGCAAUACAAGAACGCCUUGAUUCCAAUUCUUGGGUUGCAAAUUCGAUGGCAUCUCAGUUGUCAGAGGAGCGGCACUUGGCGUGCGCACUUCUCGCCUGGCAGAAGAUGGGCCAGGGGGACGCCAGCACCUUGUACAGAUUCAUUCAAACCAAUUUAAAUAAUCCCUAUGCAAGUCAAAGCAAUACAUUAGUGACAGAAGAUAUUUACGUUGUCAGUAAUUCUAAUGAGUGCCGUACAUCUGAAGUUAUCGUUGGCCACAAGGAGUCAAUAAUAUCAAAUGGUGCAGAAUCAGUGGAUGAAAUGUAUUCACAUUACCGUCCUAUAUCCAACCUACCAAUUGAAACUAAAAUAGUGAUGCGAUGUGAAAACACGUGUAAACCAAAACCUACAAUAAAAAAAACGCAAAAGUCUACGAGUCCUAUCCCACAGAGAAGCACUGCAGAGCCGUGUACUGGUCCUUGCAAAGACCGUCUCGUUGAAAUGGACAAGUCGACCACAGAUCUAAGACAACGCGUGCAGCAGCUCGCCAAACGUGAAGAGGAGCGCGUCAAAUUGCUAACACGUGCAGAAGCUGCUUGGAAAGAUCUAGAAAAAGCUUACAUUCGAAGACUUAAAGUCGCAGAGGAGAAAGAACAAGAUGUAGGAAAGCAGAUAAAGUCUUUAAUAGAAGAACGUUCCGAUUAUAAAUCCGUGUGCAUCACACUAGCGAAACAGCUCGCGGAUAGAGAUGCGAUUGUGCAGAAUGAAACUGAAAAAUUAAAGAAAAUUGAAUCUGAACUUUGUGAGCGUACGAAAAAGAAGUUCAAAUUAAGCGAAGAAAUAGCAUCCGUGUCAUCCACUCUGGCGCAGCACCAUUGCCGCAUCUCGCAAACUGAAAGAGAUCUUUUGUUUAAAGAAGAACAAGCUAAAAGAAGAGUUAUAAGCUUAGAAGAAACUGCAGAAUCGUAUCGGGGACUUAAAUAUGAUACAGAGAGAGCGUUGCGUACUGAACUAAGUGCCUUAAAAGAUCAAGUAGCAAAAGUUUCUAAACGACUUUUACAAGAAGAAAAUGAAAAUCAAAGCAUCAAAAAUGAGCUUGAUGAGAUGCGAGUCAACAAAAGUAAUAUUCUUGAAGAUCUCGAUGCUUGUAAAAUAAUGUGUGAUCAUCUUCUGCAAGGUAAAAAAACUGAAUUGAAAACAAAAACAGAGAAACUUGCCGAAUUGAAAGAAAAAGCAAUGGAAUGUCGCUGUAAAUUACCACAAGAUAUUUCCGUGGAAGUAAAACGAACACCAUCCCUGGCUGCGGUUUGUCGAUGUUGUUCUGAUGAUAAUAUUCAGGAAUCAUGUUCCUGUACGUCACUAAGAAGUAGUGUUAUGUCGAAUUUACUGAAAGACCUCUUUGCGGGAUUGCAAUCUGAGCUGGGUGAAAAUGGUUCGAUUAUGCCAUGCGAGUUGCUCAAGUGUUUAGAAGACAAGCAUAACUGGGACCGCUCCAGCGCUGUCAAGACGAACCUUCGUAAUUUCUUUUCAAAAUUGCUUGUUGGUGAGCUCGAUAUAGCAAUUGGUUCGAGCAUUGAAAAAUAUCAUGUGAAGUGGGUUGGCACAUCAUGUAUGGACGAGACAACAAGAAUACCGAUUGACGUCGAAUUAGAAGAGUGGCAGCAACGAGCGUUAGAAAAUCGGGCACAAAAAAUGGCAAAGCAACUAGCUGAACAGCUAUUCCAAGAAAAAGCUGACGAAUUAAUGGAAAAGGCUAAAGACGUUUUGAAAUUAACACCACCGCCUUGUGAAUGUGGUACCAAGUCCAAUAAUGACAACUCAGGUGGACGUAGGACACAAACGGAUUUAUCAAAUCUUCACAAUAAAAGUACUAACGAUCUCAAAAAUCCUUCUGCUGUACGGAAUGCUACUUUAAAAAAUGUCACGCAACUACAACUUACUCAAGUAUUGGACAAAAAAACGAAAGUAGCGAAGAAAAAUAUUUUAAAGCCUACCAAAGACAGAACCACUAAUAAAAUUUUACGAUCACAUGGAGCAAGCAAUAACUUAUCGCUUGCAGAAUCUAAAAAAACUGGAAAUAUAAUGAACAUCAAUCAAAUAUAUCAUCACCGGGCAGUUAGUACAGAGAGAAAUGACAACUUACCUAAUUGGCUGCUAAACAGUACGAAGAAAAGAUUGAUCGAAUCAAGUAAAUCAAGGGAAAUACCAAAGAAAAAUAACAUAAAUCAAUUGCGCACAUUAAACAAAAUGGAGUCGAAAGUGAAAAAUGACGAAAACUCGUAUAAAAAAAGAAAUAAACCCAAUAUUUUAUCGAGAAUCUUCCUAUGUUGGAUAUUACCUGUGAUAUAUAAAGGAAAUGUUAGAGAUGUGGAAGAAAGUGAUUUGAUCAAUCCUCCAAAAAAAUAUGAUUCGGAACUUCUUGGUGAUAGGUUUGAAAGAUAUUGGUUGGCAGAAGUCGAAAAUGCAGCCCGAAAAAAUAAAAAACCGUCGCUUUGGAAAGCAAUGGUUCGUUCAUUUUGGCUGUCUUACAUGCCCGGUGCUUUUUUACUGUUGGGAAAUACUGUGGCAAGGACUGCCCAGCCCUUACUAUUCACUCAACUGCUGUCUUACUGGUCCGUGGAGUCUUCACUGACUGUUCAAGAGGCAGCUUACUACGCACUCGGCAUGCUGGGUCUUAACUUCCUCGGAUUUUUAUGUCAUCAUCACAACGCAUUGUUCGUUAAUAGCUUUAGUUUAAAAGUUAAAGUUGGCGUGUCUUCUCUUAUAUAUAGAAAGGUGUUAAGAAUGAGUCAAACCUCUUUGGGUGAAGUAGCGGCGGGAAAGCUUGUGAAUCUGCUAUCGAAUGAUGUUGCUAGAUUUGACUUCGCCUUUAUGUUCCUACAUUACUUCUGGCUGGUACCAAUACAAUUGUGUGUCGUAUUAGUAUUAUUGUACUACACAGCUGGUUUUGCACCAUAUGUCGGACUCUUUGGUGUAUUUAUCUUAGUACUUCCCGUUCAAGCCGGUCUCACUAAAUUGACUUCCAUUGUGCGAAGAGCGACCGCGCAAGGCACAGACAGGAGAAUAAAAUUGAUGAAUGAAUUCAUCAACGGAAUUCAGGUUAUAAAAAUGUAUGCAUGGGAGAAACCCUUCCAGACCAUGGUCAGACUUUCUCGAAUUAAUGAACUGAAGUAUCUGCAAAGGUCUAUAUUUGUACGGAGCGUGUUCGUUGGUUUCAUGUUGUUUACUGAACGAACCACGUUGUUCAUCACAUCUCUUACUAUAGUCCUUACGGGAUCCAUACUCACCGCUACCACGAUAUACCCGAUCCAACAGUUUUUCAAUAUCGUUCAAAUGAAUUUGACUUUCAUCCUGCCAAUAGCAAUAGCAAGUUUGUCGGAAAUGUUCGUAGCACUGGAACGUAUACAAGGUGUUCUUAUGAUGGAGGAGAGAGACGAUCUAAAGCCUCUAAAAGAUAUAACAACCGGGGUAAAUCCUAUAACUUUCAACGGUAACAAGAUGCCCAAGCUUUCUGAUCCUGUUGUCGCUGCGAAAUACCUAUCAUUGGACAAACAAUCAGCUCUGAGACCAGCUGAAAAACCAGCAAUAUCCCUAAAUACUCCCUUCGAGAAUGCAGUGGAGGUGUAUGGAGUGAGUGCUUCGUGGACUAAUUCUAAAGACAGACUGACUCUCAAGAAUAUUUCGAUGCGACUUCGGAAAGGGAAAUUAUGCGCUAUAAUUGGACCAGUCGGAAGUGGAAAAUCGUCUUUGCUGCAAGUAUUUUUGAAGGAGUUUUCAAUAUGCGAGGGAAGCUUUAACGUGAACGGUAGACUAUCUUACGCCUGUCAAGAAUCCUGGCUGUUCCCGGCAAGCGUUCGUGAUAACAUAUUGUUUGGAUUACCGUACGACGCACGGAAAUAUAAGGAGGUAUGUAGAGUGUGUUCACUAGUGCAAGAUUUCAAGCAAUUUCCAUUUGGAGAUCAGUCAUUAGUGGGAGAGCGUGGUGUCUCGCUGUCUGGAGGACAAAGAGCUAGGAUUAACCUAGCCAGAGCUGUGUAUAGAGAAGCCGACAUAUAUUUAUUGGACGAUCCUCUGUCGGCAGUAGACGCCAAUGUUGGUCGUCAACUGUUUGAUGAAUGUAUCAACGGUUACUUGCGCGACAGCACUCGCAUCCUGGUCACACAUCAGAUUCACUUCUUGAAAGCUGCUGAUUAUAUCGUUGUUCUUAAUGAUGGAGGAAUAGAGAAUAUGGGUACAUACGAUGAAUUAAUAAAAUCCGAAAAAGAGUUCUCAUUAUUACUAACUAGUCUAAGCGAAUCUAAUACUGAAGGUGAAGAUGGUACAGGCAAGGCAACACGUCCAACUGUGGAGCGAGGUAUAUCAAGAAUUUCCAUUAAAAGCGAAGAUGAUGAUGAAGUCUACAAGAAACAAACAUUGGAUGCUGAGGAGAGAGCUAAGGGUACCUUAAAAUGGAGCGUGGUCACAAACUACAUUAGAUCAGUGGAGUCAGUGUGGGCUGUGACAGUGGCACUAUUUGCACUUCUCUUGACACAGGCUGCGGCGACAACGGCUGAUUACUGGCUAAGUUUCUGGACUAAUCAAGUUGAUUUACAUGAACAGUCGUUACCAGCGGGCGUUGAACCAGACCCCGGUUUAGAUGUUGAAAUGGGCAUUUUGACCACUGGACAAUACUUGUUAAUAUACGGGUGCAUUAUAAUAUUUAUCAUUAUCAUAACACAAGUGAGAAUAAUCGCUUUUGUAACGAUGACAACACGAGCUUCCAAAAAUCUCCAUAACUCUGUGUUUAAAAAUUUAAUAAAUGCUUCGAUGAGAUUUUUUGAUACGAAUUCUUCUGGUAGAAUCUUAAAUAGAUUUUCCAAAGACAUGGGUGCAAUGGACGAAUUGCUACCACGAAGUAUUUUAGAGACUUUACAAAUGUAUUUGUCAGUAAUCAGUAUUUUAGUGCUCAAUGCUAUAGCACUACCAUGGACUCUGAUACCUACAGUUGUCUUGCUGUUUAUAUUCAUGUUUCUGUUAAAAUGGUAUAUUGCAGCUUCACAAGCCGUCAAAAGAUUAGAAGGCACAACCAAAAGUCCAGUGUUCAGUAUGAUCAAUUCCACAAUAGCUGGAUUGUCAACAAUCAGAAGUUCAAACUCACAAAAUAGAUUGCUCACAAUUUUUGAUCAAGCACAAGACGUCAAUUCAAGUGCAUUUUACACGUUCCUGGGAGGUUCUGCGGCAUUCGGUUUUUACCUGGACACUUUGUGUUUGAUUUAUCUCGCAAUUAUUAUAACUAUUUUCCUUCUUUUCGAUUUUGGUAACAUUAUACCCGUCGGUAGCAUUGGAUUAGCCGUAAGUCAAUCCAUGGUUCUAACAAUGAUGUUGCAAAUGGCCGCCCGAAUUACUGCCGAUCUUCUUGGUCAAAUGACUUCAGUAGAAAGAGUGCUCGAAUAUUCAAGACUACCAGCAGAGGAUAAUAUGGAAACUGGACCUACUAAACCAUCACAAGAUUGGCCUUCAAAAGGACGGGUGAAAUUCGAAAAUGUUUGCUUAAGAUAUGGUCCUGAUGAUCCCUUGGUACUAAAGAAUUUGAGUUUCGAAAUAGACAGCGGAUGGAAAGUUGGAAUCGUUGGCAGAACCGGAGCUGGCAAAUCUUCACUUAUAUCGGCUUUAUUCCGCUUGUCAGAUAUUGAUGGAAGUAUCAAAAUUGACGGAAUAGAUACACGUGAAGUAGGAAAGGCGAUUUUCAGAUCAAAGAUUUCAAUCAUACCACAAGAGCCAGUUCUAUUUUCUGCCUCGCUGAGAUAUAAUUUGGAUCCUUUCGAUAGUUAUAGCGAUGAUGACAUUUGGAGAGCCUUAGAGCAGGUGGAACUAAAAGAUGCAAUUCCUGCCUUGGACUUCAAAGUUUCGGAAGGUGGCGCUAACUUUUCAGUUGGUCAAAGACAAUUGGUGUGCCUGGCCAGAGCAAUUCUACGGUCUAACAAGGUUCUCGUCAUGGAUGAAGCGACUGCCAACGUAGAUCCUCAAACGGACGCAUUAAUCCAGACAACGAUUCGUAAACAAUUCGCCGAGUGCACGGUACUCACCAUUGCUCACCGUCUGAACACAAUCAUGGACUCUGACCGUGUCCUGGUUAUGGAUCAGGGAGAAGUAGUGGAAUACGACUAUCCUUACCGUCUCCUACAAAAUUCUAACAGCAAAUUCACUUCCAUGGUACGGGAAACGGGAGAGAUGAAAGCAUUGCUUGAAGUAGCGAAAGCAAAAUACUUUAGUAUAAAUCCACAAUAGAAUUUAGAAUAUUAUGAAUUUGUAAAUAAUUAUGUCAUGUAGUGAAAAAAAUAUUAAGCAUACUUUUUUUUAAUGGUCUCUAUUAAAGACAAAACAACAAUAGUAUUAACAGUUAAUACACAAAUGCUUAAAAACCAGUGUAAUGUAAAAUCAGUGAUAUCAAACUGAAUAAACUGAAUAAUAUAAUAUAAUGAAUGAAACCACUGGUUGUUUGAGUCAUGGGACUCCGCAGCCGGUGGU